AUGGCUUCAAAAUGAUUUGUUUACUUCCGUCAUUUAGUUAAAUUUCGAAAUAUAUAUUAAAAACAACGUAAUUUGGUUUGAAAUGCAGAUCGCUAGAACGAAAUGAUGUAUAAUGUUGAUGUCCGAAGACUGUUUAUUACCAUAUAUACUAUUACGUUUGUAUCAUGCGGUUUAGAACAAGACAACGAUGUAACAAAUUUAAGUGACUCAAAUGGAAUAAAUGUGAUUUUAUUUUGUGCUGUUUGUCUUGCCUUCCUGGUAGCCUUAGUGCUGACUGUAGUAUCAUGUGGUGGUUGUGAAGAUAUGAGUGGAGACGUUGCCUCCGAAAGCCAUCCAGCAUGUGGCAAACAAAGUAACAAUUACAGUACAGUAGUAACGGAUGCUAACACUUCCGUACUUAUGUCGUCCCAUACUAUGGGUGAUAGUGCAAAUGGUUCAAUAAUUCCACCACAGAACUUACCUUAUUCUUUACACCCAGCAUCUACCCAAGGGUUCACGGGAUACCAGAGUAGUAGUACUACUGCAUCAGCACCACAAGACGAGCCGCCACCUCCUUCGUAUGAACAAGCCAAUAGACAAAGUGGUCUUGCUGGAUAUGGUUAUUGAUAGGGGGUGUUUAUUUUGUCUUUGAAACAAUUUCACUGUGAUAAUUUUGUUUAAUACCUUUUUUAUUCAGAGCUUACAUGUUUAUGAAUUAAUCAAUGACAUACCACAUACAUGUACAAGUUAGGACAUAGUUCUUUCCGGCUAGACUAUGAAAAAAAACAACACAUUGGCAUAUUUCAUGAAUGAUUGAUAAACUGAAGUAUAUUUCCUGUUGUAAUAAGAGAAUAUAAUACAGAUUAGAAAAUUAAUAUGGUUUGAUUUUCCAGAAGUUAUAAAUAUUAAUCAUAAUCAAAAAGGAUUAAUUGUAAGACGAGAAGAAAUUUUAAAGAAGAAUAUCAUUUGUCUUCCUACAGCGCUCACAUUACCCAUCCAAAUUAUUCUUUCUUAAUUGUUUAUGUAAAAUGGGGAUUUAUUUGACCUAACACAUUCAGUUGUUACAAUACAUAUGCAUGUCUUUACCUAGAAGGUUUGUUGAUUUACAUGACAAUAUAGUGCGUUGUUUCCUCGUUCUCCUGUGUUACACAAUGUUAUUAAGCUGUUUUUUUACAAUUAGCAACAUUAUAUUUUAUUGUUUGUAUUUACCGAGUCAUAACAAGUUAUACUUUAAUACAGUAUAUAUAUUUAUGCCAUCCAUUUAGUUAUUUAUUAUAUGAAUUAAAUGAUAAAACAGA